AUGGCGGACGUCGCAGCGGCAAACUGGUCGUCGUUGGAGGUCUGUGCGCGGAGAUUGUCGCGCGGUCUUAUCGACAGUUUUCGGGGGAGGUCGUGUGGUCUCGGUCAUGACAGAGGUCGUUUGAAUCUGAAGCGGCGACACGGAGCGUGGAGCGAAGCGACGGGAAAUUGUCUGCACAAAGGCUCCAACAACCUUGCACCUCCCUCCUCACCAAUCAUCGCCAGACCUCCUCACCGGCCACCACCACCGCCGUGCGCUCAACCUCCCUCACCGGCCUCCGAUCGUGCUUCAUCCCUUCGUCCGUGUGCCUCGCCCUCCUCUUCCUCCGAUGGCAAUUCCGCAUCUCCGCUCCGGCUCUCUCCCGCCGAUCACUCCCUCACGAUUCCGGCGACAUCCUUUUCCAUGGACAUCACCAUCAUCUAUCAUCUUCUUCCUUUUUCAAGUGUUGCUUCAAGAGGUAACACUACUAACCUCCAUUAA